CAGCCGCGCCACAGACUCACAGUCCACAUUUCCAGAGGAGACCGACACUCUGUCUCCCACCAACAUUCUCUGUCGAGCUCGGGUAACAAAACAAGCGGAGCCGGACUCGUCCCGCUCUCCGGGAUAUUAGAUUAUCAGAUUAUUCCCAGGACGUGGUUUGCCCUUUAUUCUCCAGGACGUCACCUGACACAUAGAGCUCACAGGAUAUAUAAGUUAUUUACCGUAGCACAAGCGGAGAUCCUGGAAGAUGGGUUCAGUCCCGGCGAUAUCUGUCCUUAUUUUGGGCAUUGUGGUUCCAGCGCUGGCCGGCUACAUUGAGGCGCUAGCAGCCAAUGCAGGCACAGGGUUUGCCGUGGCAGAGCCACAGGUGGCGAUGUUCUGCGGAAAACUCAACAUGCAUGUCAACAUUCAGACCGGCCGCUGGGAACCCGACCCAUCAGGAACUAAGAGCUGCGUAGGAACCAAAGAGGGUGUGCUGCAGUACUGCCAGGAGAUGUAUCCCGAGCUCCAAAUCACAAACGUGGUGGAAGCCAACCAGCCAAUUCGUAUUGAGAACUGGUGCAAGAAGGAGAAGAAGGUGUGCAAAGGACAUGCCCACAUUGUGGUGCCUUACAAAUGCUUAGUGGGCGAGUUCGUGAGUGACGUGCUUCUGGUUCCAGAGAAGUGCAAGUUCUUCCACAAGGAGCGUAAGGACAUGUGCGUCAGCCAUCAGCAGUGGCACGGCGUGGCCAAAGAGGCCUGUGCAAAGAGCUCCAUGAUGCUGCACAGCUAUGGCAUGCUGCUGCCCUGUGGCAUUGACAAGUUCCAUGGCACCGAGUACGUGUGCUGCCCCGCCUCUCGCGCUGGGGAGUCCGCUCCACCUUCCCUGCCCUCCCAGGAGGACGACGAAGAGGAGGAGGUAGAGGAUGAGGAGAUUGACGAGACCGACCUGGAUGAUGAGGAUGCCGUGGAGGACAGUGAGACGCCAACUGAUGAGCGGCCCACACCAAAGGAGGAGCCAGUGCACGAGGACGAAGACGAGGACGAGGAAGAUGAGGAGGAGUACCACUACGUCUACGAGGACGAAGAAGCAGAUAAGGAGGACGAGUAUGAGAAGAAAGAGAGCAGCAAAAUGUCAGAGAGCCAAGAUGAGGACAAGACUCUGCAGGAAGUCAAAGCGGUGUGCACCCUGGAGGCUGAGACCGGCCCCUGCCGUGCCUCCAUGCCCCGCUGGCACUUCGACAUGAGCCAGAGGAAGUGUGUGCGCUUCAUAUACGGGGGCUGUGCCGGCAACCGCAACAAUUUCGACUCAGAGGAGUACUGCAUGGCCGUGUGCAAGCGCCUGACCAUGCCACCUACUCCUCAGCCCACCGAUGAUGUGGACAUCUACUUUGAGACCCCAGCCGACGACAAGGAGCACAGUCGUUUCCAGAGGGCCAAGGAGCAGCUGGAGAUCAGGCACCGCAACCGCAUGGAGAGGGUAAGAAAAGAGUGGGAAGAGGCUGAUCGCCAGGCUAAGAACCUGCCCAAGGCUGAGAGGCAGACAUUGAUGCAGCACUUCCAAGCCAUGGUGGAGUCCCUGGAGGAGGAGGCAGCCAGCGAGAAGCAGCAGCUGGUGGAGACUCACCUGGCCCGGGUGGAGGCCAUGCUGAAUGACCGACGCCGUCUGGCCCUGGAGAACUACCUGGCUGCCCUGCAGGCUGACCCCCCCAGGCCCCACCGCAUCCUGCAAGCUCUGAGAAGGUACGUCCGUGCCGAGAACAAGGACCGCCAGCACACCAUCCGCCACUACCAGCACGUCCUGGCUGUGGAUCCUGAGAAGGCUGCUCAGAUGAAGUCACAGGUGAUGACCCACCUGCGUGUGAUCGAAGAGAGGAUGAACCAGAGUCUAUCACUGCUCUACAAAGUACCUUAUGUGGCUGAAGAGAUUCAAGAUGAAAUUGACGAGUUACUCCAGGAGCAGAAAGCUGACAUGGACCAGUUCCUGUCGUCUAUCUCUGAAUCACAGCCAGAUGUCACCGUGUCGUCAGAGGAGAGCGUAGAAGUCCCUGUGUCUGAGGGCAAACCCUACCGGCCUUUCCAGGUCACAUCCUUGGGGUCCCGUACAGAGCCAGAGGGCGAUCUAUCAGACUCCCCACGUGCCUUCAAGAAAGGCUCCGCCAUGUCUGGUUUAGACGGUCUGAUAGGGGCCGAGGAGAGAAUCAUCAACAGCAAACCCAAGAUCAGCGACAAUGUGGUGAUUGAUGAGUCUCUGGAUGUUAAAGAAGUGGUUUACAGUGCAGAGAGAGUCAGCGUUAUGCAUGAUGAUGAGCUGGAGACCUACCGCCCCCUGGGAGAGGACUUCAGCUUCGGGAGCAGUGCACUGAUUGGCUUGCUGGUGAUCGCGGUGGCCAUAGCAACUGUGAUUGUGAUCAGUCUGGUGCUUUUGAGGAAGAGGCAAUACGGCACCAUCAGUCAUGGCAUCGUGGAGGUUGACCCCAUGCUGACACCAGAGGAACGCCACCUCAGCAAGAUGCAGAACCAUGGCUACGAAAACCCCACCUACAAAUACCUGGAGCAGAUGCAGAUCUAACCAGAGCCUACAGGGGCGCUGUGGAGUCUGACAGAGGACAGCAACCGAGGGGGAACAUACUACUGACCAAUAACAUAUGCUAUUGUUAAAAUCAUUUGCAUACAUCCAAACUCCAUUUACUGGUUUGUUCAAAACAAUCCUUAAAUAAUGCUACUACUUCUACUACUGCUACUAUUGUACUAUAGAGCUCUUUUUGAUCAUGUUUCUUUUGAAAAGGUGAUGUAUCUGCCAUUUUGCAUUAUGGAAAAUGUGAUUCUGCAGAUUUCUCUGUAAUUAUCAAUACAGCUAUCUCAGAUCAAGAUGUAUAACAUUUCUUCAGACAUUUUCUUUUUAUUUUUUUGAAAGUGCAAGGCAAAUCAAGCAAAAUUUAAAUGUCUUUGAGUGGCCAUCAUCGAACCGGCAUACCUGACUACACUUCACUUUUCCAUCAUCCAAGUGUCACUCAUGCAGUUUCUGAUGGUUUCCUCAAAAAGAAUUGGUGUUUUAUUUUGUUCUUUUUCCUCUCAAUAGAUUGCUUGUAUAUGAAGGUUAUUUGUACCAAUUAAAAUGUAUAGUGAAACAACAAAUGAGAAAAAAAUGAAAUCAUGGAUUAUUUACUUUUUGUUCUUUGUUAUGAUAACAGACAAAAUAUACAUAUACAGUUUAAAUAUAUAUAAGAAUAGAUGUUUUUAUUCCACCUUUUUUUCCCAGGGAAGAGGUUAUGAGUCGGCUUAAGGUUCUUAGCUUAGUGGUCAUGAGUUGUGUUUGCAAGCACACUGUCAGAAAAAGUCGGGAAGGUGAAGGUGUGCACAGACCCCCAGCUCAAACACAUUACACAAAACCUGCUCUGAACCCUUACUUACAAGGUGAAUGUGAUAAUAUAUCCCCUCCUACACACACAAACACAACUUUUUAUCAAUAGGGAAACAGCAUAAAUCAAUAGAUUAAAUAUACCUAUUGACAUGUGUUACAUAGUUGAAUGUAUCAUGGAAGCUUUUUUUCCAUACUAUGUACCUGACAGGUUCCUAUGUGGCUUUUUUUUAAAUGCACUGUCACAAACAUUGUGACAGGGGUGAUGACACGCUACAAACUGACAAACAAGUGAAGUUUCGUGUUUGUUUUUUUUUUGUUUUGUUUG